GGUGCCAGACCCAGUCCCUCUCAGGUACGCUGAUCACACAAUGGAUUUGGGGCUCUCUGUUGCUACGUACUUUGUGCUGAUAUUAGUGCUGUUAUAUAUUCUGCACCGGUGGAAUAAAACAAGCUCAGCAAACUUUCCUCCAGGACCAAAAUGUUGGCCGCUGAUCGGGAACUUACAAAUGCUGAAUUUAAAAGACCAGCACCUGACGUAUUUAGAGCUGGCAAAGACCUACGGCUCGGUGUUUAGCGUUCAGAAUGGCAUGAAAAAGACGGUGGUCCUAGUCGGAUAUGAGACCGUAAAAGAUGCUCUUGUCAAUCAUGCUGAAGAGUUUGGAGAGAGGGCGAAAACUGAAAUAUUCAAGGACAUGGACAAGGGGCUGGGACUUACUUUGUCAUAUGGUGAAAACUGGAAAGUAAUGAGAAGAUUUACAAUAACCACGUUACGGGACUUCGGGAUGGGGAAAAGUUCGAUUGAAGAUAAGAUUGUCGAAGAGAGUGCCUACCUGAUUGACCAUAUUGCGUCCUAUAAAGGAAAGCAAUUUAGUGACCUAAUGAUUCUGAAUGGUGCCGUGGCCAAUAUCAUUGUGGCGAUAUUACUGGGAUAUCGUAUGAACUACGAAGAUCCACAAUUUCAGAGACUAUUACGUCUGGCAAAUGAGAAUGUUCGACUUUUAGGAGCUCCGAUGGUUUUGAUAUAUAAUAUGUUUCCAUUCCUGAGAUUCCUCCCCGGCAGUCAUAAAACUAUUCGAAGAAAUGUGGAUGAGUUUCUGGCAUUUAUAAGAAAAACUUUUUUGAAGCAUCUAAAUGACUUGGACGAGAAUGAUCAGAGAAGUUUUAUUGAUGUAUUCUUCGUACGACAAAAAGAUGAGGCAGAGAAAUCACAGAGAUAUUUCCAUGAUGACAAUCUAACAAGACUGAUGAGAUCACUGUUUGCUGCAGGAAUGGAGACAACAUCGACUACUCUUUCCUGGGGUCUGAUGCUGAUGGUAAAAUAUCCACAAAUCCAAGAAAAGGUCCAAGAAGAGAUCUCCAGAGUUGUUGGAUCCGCACAACCAUUGUACAGUCACCGGGUACAAAUGCCCUUUACCAAUGCAGUCGUACACGAGAUCCAGAGGUAUUCUGACAUUCUCCCUCAAGGUGUGGCUCGUGAAACAACUAGAGAUAUAACCUAUAAGGGAUAUUUUAUUCCAAAAGGAACCUUCGUAAUCCCACUUCUCACAUCUGUGCUGAAAGACAAGACCCAAUUUGAGAAACCUCAUGAGUUUUACCCAAAUCAUUUUCUUGACGACAAAGGAAAUUUUAUCAAGAAAGAUGCGUUUAUGCCAUUCUCUGCAGGCCGCAGAGCCUGUGCUGGAGAGACUCUCGCAAGGAUGGAGCUCUUUAUGUUCUUUACAAGCCUGUUACAGAAAUUCACAUUCCGCUUACCACCUGGCGCCAGUCCUGUUGAUCUGACCCCUGGAGAUGGAUUUACAAAAGUACCGAAGAAGCAGAUGAUAUGCGCUGUGCCUCGCUACUGAAAUACAUUUACAAGUCCGACAAAUACUAAGAUCAAGUCAAAUGUUCCAUGACAUCAGAUAUAAAAAGUUACAGUACAGUGACAUCACUGAUCACUGACACUUCACUAUUACAUCAUUAGUUGUAUAAUAAUUCUAUUAAUCUCCGAGAGAAUCACACCCCAUCCUCUAUGCAAUGCCUGACUGAGUCAGUUUCAUAACAUACUUCUAAUAGUACUAAUAUUAGUAAUUCUGUAUUCUGUGGAGUUCAAUAUAUUUAGACAGUAUGAUCAUUUUGAAAUGGUCAUAAUGUUGGUAUGCUUCGCAUUCAUCAUGUUGACACAGUUAAAAUGUUGACAUGAUCUGAAUGUGGACACAACAUUCCUGGUGGUCCAGCGGUGUCUUCCAGGUCUAGCUGUCAGCGCAUGAGAGCUUCUGGAUGAUCCUACAUUGCUUCUGGCAGUGAGGAUCUCUAACCCAUAACCCUCUCCCCAGCGCCUAACCCUAACCCAUCUUUCCCAUUGCCUAACCCUCCUCUCCUGUAGCCUAGCCAUGUCCCUCUGCUGCCACGGCCUAAUGCUAACCACCUCCCCUACCACAGCCUAACCCAGUGGUUUCCAAACUUUUUUGAAUCACGGCGCCCUAGAAUAUCAGAAUUUUUUUCACGGCACCCCUAGGCCAAAAAUUUCUUAUUGAGAAAUUUAGAAAGAAAUAUUACAUUAAGUAGAUGGCGUUUAUAGGUCAUCCUUAGGGUCAGUUGUGUGGUGAGGGACAGGAUUUGCUUCUGUUUGGCCACAUAAUUUAUUACUGGCAGCCACCAGCACUGGUUUUGCCUAUUAUAUUGACCAUGAAUAAUUUGAAUUGGUCCUGGACCACCAACCCAGGGCACCCCUGCAAGUGUCCCGAGGCACCCCAGGGAGCCACGGCACACAGUUUGGGAACCUCUGGCCUAACCACAACCCACCCCUUCUAGCCCUGCCUUCCAGAGCAUAACCCUCCGAUCCCGUCGGAAAAAUAAAAAAAGGACUCAGCUAGUUGAGGAAUCAGUGAUAACUAAAAGAAGUGUUCAGCUGAUGGAAUCAAGAGAUCCUCCAGUCCCAGAACCUAAAGUAGUAGUAUUAGAAUGGUAGAUCCCAGAGCAAAACCUUAAGUAGUGGUAAAGUUAAAAAGGGAAGUUAGAUCAGUUUAAUAACAAUUGGCAAGAAUGUAUUAACAUAUAAUAAUACUGUAACAAAAGCAGUAAAUAGGUAUCUAAGAUAAUAAAACGCCUAAUACCGGUAUACUGUGAGACACCACAAAAACAAAAUCAAAAAGUAAGUUAUAAAAUUUAUAAAACAGAAAUCAGGAAUUGAAAUAUAAAUAGAAAAAAAUAAUCAAAAUAAGAAAAUAUAAAAAAUAAUACAGCGGUAGUAUCUCCUGUAAAAAAAAAACAAUCUAAUACAAUAAUGUCAAUGGCAAUGUUCAGUCUCAAAGACUGUCUAAAAAGUGGGUCCAUAGUAGCAUGAGUAUCUCCACAAAUAUUACUGCAAGUAGUAACAGUAGUAAUUGGUGUCCAAGCAGGUGCUGCUGAAGUAAAAGGGUCCAAAACCUGGGGGGGGCAUAAAGUUGACCAUUUUGACUGCAAAACUGAGGUCUCCAGAAAUGUCUAGUUCCUGGACUCCCAAGCUCCUCUCACCAAUGCGUUUCAUCUUCCAGCUUCUUCAGGGGAUAUUGUUAUUUUUCACUUUCUGAUUUUGUUUUUGUUGUUUCUGUUAGUAUACCGGUAUUAGGUGUUUUUUUACCUUAGAUACCUAUUUACUAAUUUUAUUAUUUCUAUUAUAUAUUAAUAAAUUCCUGCCAAUUGUUAUUAAGCGUAUAUACCUUGCAUUUUUUACUUUACCACUACUAGAGGUUUUGCGCUGGGAUCUACCAUUCUGACCCUCCGAUCCCGUAGCCCUUACCUCUGCUGCCGCAGCCUAACCCUCUGAUCCUUGCAAAAUGUUGACAUUCCACAUGUCGACAUUCUGGAGAUGUGGUCAUGUUGCAUGUUGACAUUUCAACAAUGUCAACAUCAUAACUGUUGACAUUUUGCCUGCAUUGCAUUCUGAGUUAUCAGUGGCAUCAUGUGUAGGGAGAUACUGUAUUACCAUCUGUAUGUUGUUAUGCUAUAUUUUUCCUAAGGCUUAUGUGUACUUGUGACUCAACAUUAACUAAGGUGCUAUGUACACACAGGUGUGUUCCUGUCUCUAUGAGAAGAUCAGUAUAACUAUGUUUUUUGUGUAAUGAAUAUAAAUGUAUAUAAAUGGAUAUAAAAGAAUCAAUAUAUGUAUAAAAAGUAAAUAAAAUUAAUAUAAAUAAUAAAAAAAUAAAUAGUGUCAAAUACAUAAAAAUAAAAUAUGAUAAAUGAAUAUAAAUUAUGGUGAUCGUUUCCGGUGAGCAGUGUGUGUUAAUAAAGAUUGACUUCUA